AUGUCCACCCCCCGCACCUCGGCCCUCGAACGGGUCCUCUCCGCCCUCUGGAACCGCACUGCGGCUGCAGAGGCUGCUGCUGCCGCCGCCUCCCGCUCGGCGGCCGAACUGUCGGCGACGGUUACGGCGGCGGCGGCCGAUGCUGCGGCGGCGGCCGAUGCGGCGUCUUCGGCUCAGCACACGGCGCUUGUUCUCUCGGCUCAAGUCGAUGAUCUGGCUGCUCGUCUCGCUGCUGUCGAGUCGGCUCGCGCCGCCGAGGCUGCCCAGACCGACGAACGCGCUGCUGCUGCUGCUGCUGUUGAUGCUCGCCUCGACGCGCUGGAGGCCCGCCUCGCCCGCGCCGAGUGCGGAGAGGAGAUGCUGUCCGAGCUUGACUCGCUGCGGUCCAAGGUUGACGACCUGACUGCCAAGCUCGCCGCCCUCACCAUCGACGAUCUGGUCGAGGCCAAGGCCAAGGCCGAGGCCAUGGCCAUUGUCGAGGACGAUGGCGAGAUCCACCACUACGAGUCGAUGGCUCUCUCGGGCGAGCUCGUCAUCGAGCCGCCUCGCCUGCGGCACUCGCGCUCGCGGGAGGGCUUGUCGGCCUCGCGCUCGCCCACCUCGGCGCCUGCCCGCGCCCCAGCCACCGGCCCGUCGAGCCACACCCCGUCGACCGCUGCCUCGCUUCCGCGCCCGCACGGAGUUACUCUUCGCCCGGGCAUGGACAUUGUUGGCGCCGACGCUGCCGCCGCCGCCGCCGAGACCGACGACGACGCCGCCGCUGCCGCCGCCGCAUCCGCCGCCGCCGCCGCCGCUGCCGCCGCCGCCUCCGCCGCCGCCGCCUCUGCUGCCGCCGCCGCCCACCCAUCGGGCCUCUCGCAGACACUCUUGGACGCCCGCCUCGCGCUCGCCGCCCGAGACUCGGAGGCUUCGCUCACCGCCAUGAUGGAGGCUUUUGAGGAGAAGGCCUCGACCCAGUUGCACUCGUACGCCUCGCUCAACGAGACCGUCAACGUCAACCGCGCCGCCCUCGAAGGCGUCCUUGCCGACGUCGCUGCUCUGAGCGCAGGCCUGGCCUCAGUCGCCAAGGCCGCAGAAACCCGCGCUGCCAUUGACGCGCUUGACGCCAAGCUUCGCACCCUUGCCGAGGUCACCAACACCAACGUCGAGCUCCUCGCCCGGACCUGCGCGUCCAAGGCCGACGCUGUCGACGUCGACCACUUGUUUGACACCCUCAUCACCCCGCACGACGCUGAUCCGGGCUCGCUCGCCGGUGGCCGCAUUCACUUUCGCUGCAUCUCUUGCAACGCCGUCCACCCCUCGCUUUCAGGCUGCGCCUCGCCGGGCUUUACUCGCUCCACCGGCCUCACCUUUGCCGACGGCUCCGCCGCCCAUCCGCUCUUUGGCGCUGACAAGAGGCCUUACCGCCGCCCGUCUCGCCCCGCCACCGCGCUCCUCUCCACCACAGACUUUAUGGCCCCGGCCCCACCGGCCGCCAGCCCCGCCACAGCCUCGCCGCGGGCAGCCGCACACGCCGCCGCCCGCCCGGGCUCAGCCCCGCUCCAUGUCCCCGGCCCGCGCCUCGCUUCGCGCCUCGCCUCGCGCGGCAGCUGACGCCUCACAGCGCGGUCACAUUCAUGAUGUCCUUGCGAAUCGACGCCAUGCUGCCGCGCGACACCGGCCGCUCGCGGAAGCAACACAGAAUGAUCGACGCGAGGUCAAAGUUGAUGCUCUCGGGAAUCGGCGGACGGAAGCCCGACGAGAUGCGCGACGCCACCUCCGCGUCGCUCAUUCCGGGAAACGCAUUGGCCGACGUCGCGAUCUCCAGCAGCAGCACUCCGUACGCAAAGAUGUCUGCUGCCGUGCUCACCACUCCGUCGUUGAGCACUUCGGGCGCGUCAUACCGCGUCGGCUCGUGCCGCCGCUUCUCAAUCGCAAGCCCAGCUCCGCCAGACAGCGGCAGUGGCGGCGGCGCCUGGCCGGCCUGCACCUCGCGUUUGUACCGGAUCGAGACCAGCCCGUAGUCGGUGAGGAGCGGCGUGGAAGAGUUCUGCAGCAGCACGUUGGCUGGCGAGAGUGCCCCGUGCACCACCCCGUGCUCGUGGAGGUAUGCAAGGCCUUUGGCAAUGCCUUGCAUGAUAUUGAUCCGGGUAAAGAUCGGCAUUUCCA